AUUGUAGUCGACUAGCUUUUCCGCCUGCCAGCACCCAGCGGCGUACCGUUCCGGAUAGAACCACGAUGCCGCCUCGCGGCAGGCAAGCAGCUGCACGCCGCGAACAGCCGUUACUGUCGAACGAGGCUGCACGCUUUCAGAGCUUGGUCAUCGACCUUGGGAAGCGGACUGCAAUGGAUGGGACCCUCAAGGCGGCUCCGGCGACUGUUGUGGACGAGCUCGAACGUCUUUUUGUCAGCAUGGGGUUGCAGAGGAGCUUGGGCGUGAGCAGCAUGUUGGACCGGCAUGGCACCCCGGAGUUCUGGGCUGCCGUCUUCUUGGUGCAUGGCUACGCGUUGCGUGACUACAGCGCGCUGUAUGAGGAGAUGCAGCAGGUGCAAGAGCACCGGCAGGCGCAGAGGGGCGGAGCUACGCGGGAGGGCGGCUGGGAGGGCAGCGACUCCCCAGAGUGGCAGCAGCUGACGCAGAGCAUGCGCAGGGCGCGUGCCGGCAUUUGCAGCUUCCAGUUCGCGCUAGCCUCCUCCGACGCGCUCUUUCGCAAAUCUCCCGGCCACGAGCGGCGCGUGCUGGCGCUGCUGCGUUCCGACACCUUCAAGUCAUACUCAGCCGUGUUUGAUGCGGUGGCGCGCGGCCGGCUGUCCGGAACCUUUGCCUAUGACGUCAGCGCCAUACUAGCCACGAUGCUGUCCCUCCUCCCGGAAUGCAUGGGCGUGUACAAGGCACCCUGCAACAGCGGUGAUGACUGCGACCUAGAGCUGUACAGCGCCUUUGUCAAGGCCGCGGCGGACAGCCACGUCCUCGACCACGCGUGCCGCGCGGCGCUAUGGCUGGCCGACUUCGUUGGAGGGGAGCAGGCGGCGUGCACCGCUGGCGGCGCGGCGGCGCAAGAGCAGGAGGCGCACCACGAGAUAGGCACGGCGACGCUGCGACCCGUAGACCUGGGGCAGCGGGAAAAGAAGAUGGGUUCCAUCUGCGAUCGGCUCAGGAGCAUGCGGAAAGACAUAAAUAAGGUGCUGUCGACUCUUCUGGGGCCGCUGUUGGGGCAGCAACAGUCCCUAGGCGCACUGCACCCUCGGCCACUGGCGGCGCCGCGCACGGGCACGGACCCCGGGCUGCUGGCGCUGCUGCCGGCCGUGCGCGGGCUGCUGAGCGGCACGGGCGUGCAGGUGUGGGCGGCCAAGCAGCUGCUGGACGUGGCGAAUGUCGCACAGGAGGAGGUGUUGGGCGGCACCGAGCUCGGAAGUAGCGUGUGCAAGAUGUUCGGGCUGACCGCACCCGACCCAUAUCUGGGGUUGCCAUCGACGGCGCGCAUGCAGCCGCAUCUGUUCACGGCCACGGCAGACCACCCGCUGAAGAAGCCGGACACGGCAACCACGAUUGAGCUGCUGCGCGGCGCGAUGUCCGUAAGCUCUUCCACCUGGCAGGUGACGAUUUCCGGGCCGGUGGGGGCUGCCGUGGCAGCGCCCGGAGCGCUGCCGACUGGCAGCGUAACAACAGCCGGCGGCAGGCCAGUAGGAGGCGGCAGCGCAUCAGCAAGCGGCAGCGCAGCAGCAGGCGGCGGCGGCGUGGCAGCAGCCGCAGCGGCCCCAACCUACCGGCUGCCGGAAACCAUUCCCUUUAGCGCGGCCCAGGUGUGCAGCAUGGUCAGCACGGCCCUGCAGCGUGUGCUCAUGCCCGGGUGGAGUGCUGCUAGGAGCGACCAGGGCGAGAUUGUGCAGGCGCUGCUGCUCCUGAGCCGGCUGGCCCAGGAGCUAAGGGCCAGGCAGGCACAGCGCGUGCUGGAAGGCAUCUGGGGCAUGAUCAACGGCUGGCUGCAGAGCCUGCCGGUGGAUGCGCUGACGCCUGCGAGGCAGGUGCUGCAGCAGCUAGGCGCGCUGCUGCUGCACGAGUGCCCUGGGGAAGGGGAGCUGGCGCAGGCCGCAGCGCGGCAAGGCGGACACCCGGAGCCCAACGACUGCCCGCUCGCACUGCACGCGGCGGAGGGCUUCCUGAUCCUCGUGCACGACGUGUCCGUCGAGUGGCUGGGACAGCCGCUGGCUCUGCAUGGCGCCCUCUUCGGUCGGCUCAUCGCCGACAUGGUGAAUGCGCUUCUGCGCCAGUCGUGCGUGCUGCCGGUGCUGGUUGUGCACCAGCCCUCGCCCUCGCUCCUGGACUUGGUGGUGACGCUGCGCGCCAUGUGCAACGCCCUGCGGCGCAAGGGGAUGGUCGCCGAGGCGGCGGCGCUGCAGACCGUGCUUCUGCACCUGGCGGAGCAGCUAGCGGCAGUAUGGAUGCGGCCGCUGCCGGAGGGCAUGCGCAGCGGCAGCUGCAGCCAGGGGGCCGGAAGCGGGGCCGCGGCAGGGCCGGGCUGCCUACCUGGCCAGCCCAUUCCGGACGACCUUGCCGCCGCCAUCGACCGCACGGCGGCGGCGCUGCUGACGAAGGCCAGUCGGGAGCAAGUGCCCAAGCAGCGGCUGCGGCGGAUGUGGCUGGCGGCGCACGGGCGCCCAAAUAAGGCGGCCAUACUGCCGGCCCCUGUGUCGGUGGUUUUCAUCAUGGCGCAGCUGCUGUCGCUGCUGUCGGGCUUGCGCAAGCAGCGCCUGUGGGAGGCUGACGUGCCCAAGGACAGCAUUCUGGCUCUGACGCGCGUGUACAUGGCGGUGGCGCUGCAGGCGUUGCUUGCGAGCGAGUCAGCGCCCGCGCGGAGCGGCCUCUUGACAGCGAGUGAGGCCAGGGCAGAGUCGUGGCGCGCGAUGCUCUUGGCAGAGGAGGGCGCGGCGGUGGCAUGGGCGGCGUCUGCGCUCUAUGCGGCCGUGAGGCGGCAGUGGCUCGAGGGCCAGGAGGCGGCGCUCGACCUGCUGGAGGUGCUGGUGCUGCUGCUGCCGGCGGAGGACUUGCGGUCCCAUGUGGGAUACUACAAAGACGAGUCUGCAACGUGGCCGCCCUCGGGCCCGGCGCUGCCGCUGGCGCUCGGACAGGGCUGGCUGGCACAGCAGGGCCGAGAGAAGCUCGCAGCCGUGAUGAAUUGGAGGCAAACCAGCCGCGGGGGCUUGGUGCUCUCUCUUGCGGCCCCGGCACACCUGUCAGACAUGAUUGCAAAGCCCCACAUCACGGCGCUGCCGCAGCUGCCUUGCCCCGCGGAUGCGGCGGCGGCGGUGGCUGCGGUGACGGGGAUCUGGCCCUGCUCUGCGGCCGACUGCUCGCGGCUGCAGGAGUCAGGCAGGGAGCCGAUUGCAACCCAGCUGUGCAGCCGCUGCCGGGCGGCGAGGUACUGCUGCGCCGAGUGCCAGAAGGCGCACUGGAGGGCGGGGCACAAGACGCAGUGCGCGCGCCAGGGCGCAAUUUGGGCAGCCCUAAACACGGCACCCGCACCGUUGCAUCCGUGAUGGCGCGGCGAUGAGCGGGGGUGUUGCGGCGUUGACAACUGUUGGUGACAGCUGGUUGUGUGCAACUCCCUAUGCCAGUAGCUUUUGGGGGCUCGAGUUCGGCACUCGUAUCAUGGGCAUGCGCAGUGAUGCGGCGGGGCGUUGAGUCGGGGGGGGGGGUACUGACGAAGGGCAGUACAGCAUGAUUGUGUUUGACUUCCGUCACAGGCAGCUAGUCAGUGGCUUAAGUACGAUAGUGGAGGUCUGCACUUUGGGCGCGUCGUGGCAUGGGAGGAGUCCCGCUGCGUUGACGUUUGUUUACUGACUUGCACCGCAUAGCUGUUGUAUUGUGUUACAUGCACUGUACUGCAAAUGACAGCGAGACGUGGAGGCAGGGAGCGGAAUGGAUGUGCGAUGGGACAGUGUUAAGGCAGGUCGAUGAAGUCCCGUAGUGAGACGUGGAGGUAGGGAGCGGAAUGAGCAGAGAGGUGGCGGCAUUUGUUAGCCGGCGACGCAUGAAAGCCCACAGCGUAUGGCUGGAGUGUGGGGGUGCCUGUCUAUGCAGCAGCGCUGUUCCGCACACCAGUAGGCCAUAGCAGGACAGUGAGGAAAUGUGGACAACGGAUUACGGGGAAGACCGGACGACAAAGGAUGGGGGCCCGCCUUCUCGGGUGAACAGCUCAGGUUCGUGUUGUUUAUGUUGGUGCAUGCUUUCGCUUCGAUUUGACGACAG